AUGGAGCUCAGGAACUCCACCUUGGAAAGUGGCUUCAUCUUGGUAGGUAUUCUGGAUGACAAUGGAUACCCUGAACUGCUCUGUGCCGCAAUCACAGCCCUGUAUAUGUUGGCACUGACUAGCAAUGGACUGCUGCUUCUGGUCAUCACAGUGGAUGCCCAGCUUCAUGUGCCCAUGUACCUCCUACUCAGGCAACUGUCUCUCAUUGACCUCCUCUUCACAUCAGUUGUCACUCCCAAGGCUAUUGUGGAUUUUCUGCUACAAGACAACACCUUAUCCUUUGUGGGUUGUUCACUUCAAUUGUUUUCAGCAAUGACAUUGGGUGGUUCAGAGGACCUCCUUCUGGCCUUCAUGGCCUAUGACAGGUAUGUGGCCAUUUGUCAUCCUCUAAACUACAUGAUUUUCAUGAGUCCAAAGAUCUGCUGGCUCAUGGUGGCCACAUCAUGGAUCCUAGCAUCCCUUAGUGCACUGGGGCAUACAGUGUACACGAUGCACUUCUCUUUCUGCAUGUCCCGGGAAAUCAGGCACCUGCUCUGUGAGGUUCCUCCUUUAUUGAAGUUGGCUUGUAUAGACACUUCUCAAUAUGAGCUCAUGAUUUAUGUAACGGGGGUGAUAUUCCUUUUGCUUCCCCUGUCUGCCAUUUUUACCUCCUACUCACUAAUUCUGUCUACUGUCCUGCAUAUGCCCUCAAAUGAAGGCAGGAAGAAAGCCCUGUUCACCUGCUCCUCCCACUUGACUAUAGUUGGGAUGUUCUAUGGGGGUGCCACUUUCAUGUAUGUCCUACCCAGUUCCUUUCACAGCCCUCAGCAAGACAAUACCAUCUCUGUGUUCUAUACAAUUGUCACACCAGCUCUGAACCCCCUCAUCUACAGCUUGAGGAAUAAGGAGGUCAUUGGGGCUUUUAAAAGGAUCUUGGGGAGACAUAUUCUGCCAGUACACUCCACUCUUUAG